AUGGCUUUCUCAAAGUCAGUUACAAAUGCUAACGGAACAGCAACAAUAAGUUUUCUAAUGGACUUAAUUACAUCCUACGGGGUACCCAAAUACUUUCGUAGCGAUAGGAGCAUUCAUUUCAAAAACAAAGAGGUAAAUUUAGCGUGUAAAAAAUUAAGCAUUGCACACAUUUUCUCUGGCGCUUAUCAUCCACAAACAAAUGGUAUGACCGAACUUAUGAACAAAAUUAUUUGUAACAGUUUAUUACAUCACGUAAACGAAAAUCAAAAAGACUGGUCAUUAUAUUACAAAUUGAUAAUUUUCGCUUAUAACAUAAGCCCAAAUUCGAGAUUAAAAGUAAGUGCAUUUUAUUUACUUCACGUUAUAGAAGCAAACCAACCUAUAGAUAAAAAAUUAACCACCGAGGACGAAUUGUUUGACUUUUCAAACGACCUAAGGCAACUUCAAAAUAUUAAAGACACCAUGCCCAAAAUUGUUGAAAAAGAACAAGCUGUUUAAAAAAAAAAACAAUACGACAUAAAUCACAAAAUAUUAAUUUUAACCCAGAACAAAAAGUCUAAUAAAACUAAAUUUAAACAAAAAAGACAAAGCAAGGAAACUAGCAAAUAAAUUUAGAGGCCCAUUUAUUAUUAUUGAACAAUUUUUUGACGUUAACUACAAAAUAAAAUUAAUUUUAAAUGGGAAAAUAACCAUAGAUACCAUACAAAGAAUAAAACCUUUCAAUGAAAUAGAAGUAUCGAACAUAGAAUUAUAAAUAAAAUAUAUUAAUCAUAUAUAUUCUUCUUGCAAAUUAUAUAUGAUGCAUUUUUAAUACAAUCUUUGGUUCUAGAUGUUUUUUAAAAUCCUCACAGUCGCUUCCGUACUCAUCAACUCUAUCGCUGAAGAAGAUAUAGCUGUAAGUGUAUCUCCCAGAGCUUUUUUUGACGAGGUACCAGAGGUCAUAUUAUACGACAAAAGCAUUCUUCUAAUCUACACACAGGAAUUGCAAGACGACGAACCAGAUGACAAUUCGGAAAACAUAAAAAAUAAGUGGGUGGUUGAAAAUAACUGA